AUGGCGGACGAUGAGAAAAAGAAACUGGAGGAGGAAAAGAAGAGAAAACAGGCUGAGAUCGAACGCAAGAGGGCUGAGGUGAGGGCUCGCAUGGAAGAGGCCUCCAAGGCGAAGAAGGCGAAGAAAGGUUUCAUGACCCCCGAAAGAAAGAAGAAACUUAGGUUACUGUUGAGAAAGAAAGCCGCCGAGGAACUGAAGAAGGAGCAGGAAAGGAAAGCGGCCGAAAGGAGACGCAUCAUCGAAGAGCGCUGCGGAAAGCCCAAACUGAUCGAUGACGCCAAUGAAGGCCAACUUAAGAAGAUUUGCAAAGACUAUUAUGACCGCAUGUAUAUAUGUGAGGAGCAGAAAUGGGAUUUGGAACGCGAAGUUCGAAAACGGGACUGGGAGAUCUCGGAAUUGAACAGUCAAGUGAACGACCUCAGAGGAAAAUUCGUGAAACCGACGUUGAAGAAGGUGUCCAAAUACGAAAACAAAUUCGCCAAGUUGCAGAAGAAGGCCGCCGAAUUUAACUUCCGCAACCAACUCAAAGUGGUCAAGAAGAAGGAGUUCACCUUAGAAGAAGAAGACAAAGAGAAGAAACCAGACUGGUCGAAGACCAAAGACGAAAAGAAGGUACAAGAAGCCGAAGCAUGA